AUGUCCAACAUCAGAAAGCACGUCGUCUUCGACAUUGUGGGCACCAUCGUUACUUACGACUCCAUUCUUGAUGCCCUCGAGAAGAGGAUGGGUGAUCGCCUUCGCGACGAAGGAGUCAAGCCUUCGAUGCUCGGCUACAUGUGGUUUGAGGUUUCGGAGAGGGAGUAUACGUAUUUGAGCAUCACGGGAAGGUAUAGAAGUUUCUAUGACGUCUUUACCAGCAUUUUCUACCGGAUGUUGUGGAUUGGCGGUAUCCAAGAUCCCAGAUCCUUUGCCUCGGAUGAGGACUUGGCCUAUAUUAUGGGCCAUAUCGAGGACCUCCCUCUCCGUGCUGGUGCGGCUGAAUGCUUACAGCUGUUGCGCGAUGCCGGAUUCACCAUUUGGGUGUUUACCGCUGGAGACAGGCAGAACGUGCGGGGGUACUUUCUGAAGAACGGAAUCGAGAUGCCGCUCGAGAACUUCGUCUCAUGCGAUGAUACUGGCGUCGGUAAGCCGGCUCUUGAUGCUUAUAAACCAUUAUUGGAGCGCCUGGGGGAUGACGAAAAAUGGUUCGCGGCGGCCCAUAUGUGGGACGUAUCAUCCGCCAAACAAGCAGGAUAUAAGGGUGCUUACUGUACGGCCUUGGAAAAGGAAGCUUGUGUCGACAUUUUUGGUGAGAUGGACGUUAUGUCUGACACUCUGCCUGAGAUGGCGCGUAAAAUCAUCCAAGCCUCCACGUCCUCCGCCUAA